CUGCAUUCCUCUUCUCAAUCCAGAAAUGAGUGCCUACCGGGGCAAAACUCAAAAAGACGAAGUUCGCGACGAGGAAGGGAGACGUAGAUUCCACGGGGCUUUUACUGGGGGUUUCUCUGCAGGCUAUUACAACAGCGUAGGCAGUCAGGAGGGAUGGCAACCAUCUACGUUCAAGUCCUCUCGGGACAACCGUGCGUCAAGCCGCCCCUCCAGGCAGCGUCCCGAAGACUUCAUGGACGAAGAAGAUGGCUUGUUGGGACGGGAUUUGCAUACACAGUUGCCAUACGAUACGUUGGGAGUAUCGUCCAAGCAGCUCUUGCGGAAGGAGGUAGAAAAAGAGGCGGUCGGGAGCAGCAUUCCGGGCCUGGGUAUGGUCGAUGAACUGCUCGUCCCGACAGAGGUGGCGAUUGGGAAGAAAUUACUUCAGAUGAUGGGAUGGAAGGAGGGAGUGGGAGUGGGCUCACGACAGCGGCGGCCCCGGAAGAAGCGAGGCAAGGACUCGGGGGAAGGGGAGGCAGGGGUGGAGGAGGCGGUGGACGACGACGUGGCCUUCUUGCCCGAGCAUUUGCGAGACGAUUCCACCCUCGUUCAGCAGGGGAAAAUCACAUUUGCCCGGCCCACGCUAGGCUUGACGCUCCUCCCCAGGCCUAAGAAUGACCGCCAUGGGCUAGGGUUCGAUCCCGAGAAAGAUGCUCCGGAGUUGGCGGCCUUCCGGAGGCAGGGCCCGAAUGACUGGGGCGGGGAAGACGACAGUCGAGGGGUUUACCGGAUGGGAGAUGUAUUGGGAAAGGAUACGUCGUCUAGGGCGGGACGGAGGAACGCUUCGGGUUUCGCCUUGGACGAAGAUGAGGAUGACGUGUACGACCAGGUGAC